AUGACCGGCCGAGGGAAAGGAAAAGCGUCGGGCACCAAGGCAAAGAGCAGGUCCAGCCGAGCAGGUCUUCAGUUUCCAGUCGGCCGCAUCCACCGACUCCUUCGCAAAGGAAACUAUGCAGAGCGUGUCGGGGCGGGUGCUCCUGUGUACUUGGCCGCUGUGCUCGAGUAUCUAAGUGCUGAAAUUCUAGAGUUAGCCGGAAACGCCGCUCGUGACAACAAGAAGACCAGAAUCAUUCCCAGACACCUGCAGUUGGCCGUCCGAAACGACGAGGAAUUGAACAAACUUCUAGCUGGUGUAACGAUCGCCCAGGGCGGUGUUCUUCCCAACAUACAGGCCGUGCUGCUACCCAAGAAGGCCGAGAAGAAGCACCAUUGACAACAUCAAACCAUAAAAACGGCUCCUUUAGGAGCCACCAAACCUCGAAAAAGUCGUGAUCAGUGAAAAAUCCAUUUACUCCAAUUGACACUCGUACAUGCACACACAAGCGCUCGCGUCUUUACUUUGUUAUCGAUCAAAACAAAUCGUUUCAGUUCAGCUAGUGUCCAUCGCUUACAUUCCGUAUUUUUGAUCCCAAACUAGUAAAAGAAAUAAAAAGCAAAUAAAAAAUCAAACAGACGGAAUGAAAGACAAUUCAAAUCAGCUUUGGUUUUUUGGAAACAUUGCCGGCGACUUUGUUUUCCUUUCGUUUGUUUGGACGACGGUAAUUUGAUUUGCAAAAUGCCUCGACACAUUUGCAGCCCGCUCUUGUCUCUCUCUCUUUCAAUUGUUGGAGUGUGGAAUUUGCGAAUUGCAUAAACUGCUUUCCUACCUGUCAAGACAGAGAAACGCAUUUGAGUUUGAAUGGUACGAUCGCUGAUCACAAGUUUGCGUGGUUGUUGCAAACCCGCUUUAAUCUUUUCUAUUCCUUGCCAUCCCCGUUCCAAUAAGGAACGAGGUACUUUUAUUGGGGCUAUUUUUAUUGGGGCUUUUUUGGGGCUAAUUUUGCAUAGCAAGACAAGCGACUCGAAAUGUGUGUGUUAAUGAAAUGUGUUAAUGAUCAGAACUAACGUACUUGGAGAACGGUGCGAUCACGCGUGGUUCCAUUGCGUGGAAACGUAAUAGAAUUUGAGUAGAACGUUCGCUGAACCCAGCUUUGCACGGCUUUUGAAACUCCAAUUUACUACUUCCUAUUUCCUGCCAUCCCAGUUCCCUGUUGGAACGAGAGACUAUUUGGCACACCACGACAAGCGACUCGAGUUACACUGCAUUAACGCUAACACAAGGAUUAGGAGAAACGUUGAGAGCAGAAAAAUAUCGCCCUUUGACUCGUUGUUCAAACACAGGGUUUGACCAUCACUGUGGCUGAUCACGACUUUCGCAUGAGGUGGUGGCUCCUAAAGGAGCCGUUUAUCAGUUCUCUGAGGUUUCCGUGA